GCCUGGGCGGAGGCCAGCGCCGCACCUGGCGCGCUCUGGACGGAGGGGGCGGGAUCUGGCUGCAUUGUCCCAACGGCGCCCCGACAGCCGGGGCCCUCGGCCUCCAGGCGUCUGGGGCCCGGGGGUUCGAGGACCCCAGACCCGCAGGGUUUCAUCGCCUUAAAUGGUUUUGAACCAAUGAAGCUGGAUUCCCUUAAAAAGACAGACGGCCCAUCGUGUGAACUGUAGAGUUUGUGGACAGAUUUAUAUUGGGUUCAUAGUGGCGUAAUGCCCGCAGACUCCUGCGAGUUCCCCUAAGUUCUUAGAGGACCGCUUUGCCUUUUGAAUCAGAGAGUUGCAAAGUUCGAUAAAGAAUGGCCCUUGUGGAUAAGCACAAAGUCAAGCGACAGCGAUUGGACAGAAUUUGUGAAGGUAUCCGCCCCCAGAUCAUGAACGGCCCCCUGCACCCCCGCCCCCUGGUGGCGCUGCUCGACGGCAGAGACUGCACCGUGGAGAUGCCGAUUCUGAAGGACCUGGCCACUGUGGCCUUCUGUGAUGCACAGUCCACUCAGGAGAUCCACGAGAAGGUGUUAAAUGAAGCUGUGGGCGCCAUGAUGUACCACACCAUCACCCUCACCAGGGAGGACCUGGAGAAGUUCAAGGCCCUGAGAGUCAUUGUGCGGAUAGGCAGCGGCUACGACAAUGUCGACAUCAAGGCUGCCGGCGAGCUCGGGAUCGCCGUGUGCAACAUCCCGUCCGCGGCGGUGGAAGAGACGGCCGAUUCCACCAUCUGCCACAUCCUCAAUCUGUACCGGCGGAACACGUGGCUGUACCAGGCGCUGCGGGAAGGCACGCGGGUGCAGAGCGUCGAGCAGAUCCGGGAGGUUGCCUCGGGAGCAGCCCGCAUCCGUGGGGAGACCCUGGGCCUCAUUGGCUUUGGUCGCACGGGGCAGGCGGUUGCUGUUCGAGCCAAGGCCUUUGGAUUCAGCGUCAUAUUUUAUGACCCCUACUUGCAGGAUGGGAUAGAGCGGUCCCUGGGCGUGCAGAGGGUCUACACCCUGCAGGACUUACUGUAUCAGAGCGACUGCGUCUCCUUGCACUGUAAUCUCAACGAACAUAACCACCACCUCAUCAAUGACUUUACCAUAAAGCAGAUGAGGCAAGGAGCGUUCCUAGUGAACGCAGCCCGCGGCGGACUGGUCGAUGAGAAAGCCUUAGCCCAAGCCCUCAAGGAAGGCAGGAUACGAGGGGCGGCCCUCGACGUGCAUGAGUCAGAGCCUUUCAGCUUUGCUCAGGGCCCCUUGAAAGAUGCACCGAAUCUCAUUUGUACACCCCACACAGCCUGGUAUAGUGAGCAAGCUUCGCUAGAGAUGAGGGAGGCAGCUGCCACCGAGAUCCGCCGGGCAAUCACAGGUCGCAUCCCAGAAAGCUUAAGAAACUGUGUGAACAAGGAAUUCUUUGUCACAACAGCGCCCUGGUCAGUAAUAGACCAGCAAGCAAUGCAUCCGGAGCUCAAUGGGGCCACAUACAGAUACCCACCGGGCAUCGUGGGCGUGGCUCCGGGAGGACUUCCUGCAGCCAUGGAAGGCAUCAUCCCCGGAGGCAUCCCGGUGACUCACAACCUGCCCACAGUGGCACACCCUUCCCAAGCUCCCUCUCCCAACCAGCCCACAAAACACGGGGACAAUCGAGAGCACCCCAACGAACAAUAGCAGAGAAUGAUGAAAGGUAAUCAUUCAGAUAAACCUGGGACCAAGAGACAGUGAAAAAUAGAUGAACUAAAAGAAAAGGAAUUUGACAGUCUUUUUAACUGAUUCUGGACAUAUGCAUCAUUGACGUUGCAGUGUUAAAACUACAAAGGAGCUAGAAGCUGAGACGCGGGAAAAUUGAAGAUGUCGUCUGCUUAUGGAAGCGCUGAAAGACUAGGACGUGAUUUAUUAACGACCAACUUCUGUUAUUGUGUGUUAAGUUUUUCAUCUGUGCAUCAAAUCACAAAGAAUAAAUAGAUCUUUUUCCUUUAUCAGUCCCUUGGGCACAGCAGGUCCUGAACACCUUGCUCUAGAAUGUUGCAUCAAGAGUUCCAAACACCAAAAUAAAAAAUAUUAAGAGGAAAUCCCCAUCCUAUGACUCUAGUCCCUUCAGUCCAUGGGGCUGGUUACCUCUUUUGCUAAUAGGAAGAUUAAAUUACCGCAAAAUGGGGAGAAAACUGUUUGCCUGUGUUAGACAUCUGCAAGCACAGGAUGGAAGACCGUACAGGUUCCUGUACAGAGAAGCCCCUCUCCCAUUUGAACUGCAGACUGAGCAGGCAAGUUGGUUGUGAGUUCAGUAAUACCCUCUGAUGAUGCAAAAAAAAAAAAAAAAAAGUAUUAAGUUUCACAAGCUGUUUGUACUCAAAUAUAUUUUCUCAGUUUCAGAUCCUCAGCUAUUUUAUUGAGUGGAGAGUCUUGAGCCAAAGGGUUCAAGAAGAAUAAUGUUGCAUUUCCUUAUGUCUCAGGAAACACUUUUUAUGGUAACUUGUCAGAUUGUCUAUGAACAAAACCCACUUUUUUAGACAUUGAUAAAGUCUUCUUUUCUUCACGUGAUAUUUUAUACAAGAACACUUCAGGUGUGUUAUUAGAUGUGACUGAUUUUAACAAAUCCUAUUAGAUUUGUAUCAACUAGUUACAUGUUAUAUUCAUAGUCUUUUGUGAUCAUCGCCUUUUUGUUUAAAAGAUGGCCUAUUUUGAGCCUUUGUAUAGGUACAUUCCUGUUUUUGUGACAAAAAAAAAAAACCUUUAAAACUGUCCCAAACAGAAAAAUAAUGGCUAUCAGAACUAUGUUUUGUUUUAGUGUGAGUUACCGUUACUGUAUUUGUUUAUUGUAAAGGUGGACAUUUAGCGUUCAGUGCAGUUUUCAAUAAAAAGUAAUAAAAAUUUGUUAAGUUCUGAAAUUCAA